UGUUGGCUAUGCUACUUUCUGUUAAGUUGGUAGCUUGCAUUAAAUAACGCCAUGUUUUGCAGUUGUUUUCGUAGGUCUGUGUUAUGAAAUUUUAUUGAAAUUUUCAGAAGUUUGACGGCAAUUUUUUCGACUUGCAAUCCACAGAACCUCAAUCAUGGACCCGUCCAUACGAAUGCUGAUUACGACGACGAACUGAUUUCUUGAUCCGCCGGCCAGUAAUAUGUUGAUACGGUACAAACGCGAGCAAGAUUUCCAGAUCCGACAGAAUGUGGUCGAGCAACCCCCAGAGCCAAUCUGCGUCCCAGCAGCGGAAUCUUGGCAUGACUUCUGCAAUCAGCUUGGCCUUCCCCAAGGCCAUCGACUUGCAGAGGACCAAGGAGUUGGAAGAGGCCCUUAAACCUUAUGAUGUGUUCGAAACGGAAGCAGAACUAAACCAUCGAAUGCAAAUAUUGAGCAAGCUCAAUAAUCUGGUCACGGAAUGGAUCAAGGACGUGUCAAUCAAGAAGAACAUGCCUCCAAAUGUAGCUGAACAAGUUGGAGGAAAAAUCUACACGUUUGGUUCUUACCGCCUAGGAGUGCAUCAGAAAGGUGCCGACAUUGACGCACUCUGCGUCGCGCCCCGCCAUGUUGAUCGAGCGGAUUAUUUUUCAUCAUUUUUUGAGCUUCUCAAGGCGCAGCCAGAAACUUCCGAUCUCAGAGCCGUUGAGGAUGCCUUUGUACCUGUGAUCAAAAUGGAAUUUGAUGGUGUGGAAAUCGACAUGCUCUUUGCUCGCUUGGCCCUCCGAGAAAUACCUCCUGACAUGGACUUGCAUGAUGACCUGCUUUUAAAGAACUUGGACCCCAAAUGCGUGAGAAGUCUCAACGGCUGCAGAGUCACAGACGAGAUACUCAGAUUAGUACCAAACAAAGACUCUUUCAGGCUUACUCUGCGUGCUAUCAAACUGUGGGCUAAGAAGCACGGAAUCUACAGCAACGCGCUGGGCUUCUUGGGUGGUGUGUCGUGGGCCAUGUUGGUGGCACGCACAUGCCAGCUUUAUCCAAAUGCAGCAUCAGCAACUCUCGUCCACAAAUUCUUCUUGGUUUUCUCGCAGUGGAAGUGGCCCCAACCGGUUCUUCUGAAGCAGCCUGACUCUGCCAAUCUCGGGUUUCCUGUAUGGGAUCCUAGAGUCAACGUUUCAGACCGAUUCCACCAGAUGCCCAUCAUAACUCCCGCCUACCCUCAGCAGAACUCCACAUUCAACGUUUCUGUCUCCACGAGAACCAUAAUGCAAGAGGAGUUCAAAAAGGGACUGCAAAUAACUGACGAUAUCAUGCAGGGAAAAACAACAUGGGACGCACUUUUUGAACCUCCUAAAUUCUUCCUCAAAUACAAGCAUUUCAUCGUUUUGCUUGCCUCUGCAAGCACUGCAGAAGACUUACUAGAAUACACUGGGUUGAUUGAGUCCAAAAUCAGACAUUUGAUAGGCAAUCUUGAGCGGAACAAGUUCAUCACCAUAGCUCACAUCAAUCCCAAAAGCUACAUACCCAUUGAAGACUCUGUUGCUGAGAAAUUCUGCAAUUCUUGGUUCAUCGGGCUUGAGUUUGCAAAAACAGAAAACUUAAACAUUGAUUUGACUGUUGAUAUUAAAGCGUUCACCGACCUAGUUGAUAGACAAGCCGUGAAAAUGGGAAAAAACGGAUCAAAAGUAGACGCGAAAUACGUAAAGAGGAAACAACUGAACCAAUACCUGCCCAUAUCGGUGACUGGCGCUCUUAAACGAGAACGAAAGUCGAGUACGGGUGCAGUGAACUCUCACCUGAAUGGCAGCAUCGACAAUGCAAAUGCUGCUUCGAGUCCGAGCCCAGCAAAACGAAGAAAAUCCGAGGGCAGCAUCGAUGGUCCGAAUAAGAAAAUGCAAACCGGAAACGGAAAUGGAGACGGCGAGUUGACGAUCAUGCGCGGCGGGGACGAUUCCAACUCAAUCCUGGAUGACUCGUCCAACCCGUCUCAAGAUACUAGCUGCCGACAGCAGCUGGACUCGAGCAUCGAAGCCGCCGUCUUGGCGAGUGUCACUGGCAAUGCUGAGCAGCAGGCCGGUGAGCAGCCAACAGCCAAGGAGACGAGCGUCGCUUGUUCGUAGUUUGGUAAGUGCGGUUUUUCAGCAGCAGUGCCGCGCCCCAACACCACCCAAGCAGUUUUGUGUACAUACUUACUGUGUAGCUUCGGUGUUUGACGAAUUUUUAAAACUCCAUUCUGGACCUUUGAGCGCAGUGGAAGUUUUUUUUAGAAUAUUAGCCAUUCUGACGACUAUCUGUUUAGUGCUGCUGGUAAAUAUUUAUUUUUAAACAAAAGCAGUUUCUCUUGGUAUCAGCUGAACCUGAUCGGUAUGGUUUACUGGUGUGGGCCUCUGUCAUAUUUUUUUAAGAGGCCCGGCCGCACCGCACUUCGCUAUAUUUCAAGUUGCAAUACUUCCAAUAGUUUUCACGUAAGUUUGUUUUCAUCGAUGGCCGGUGUACUUUUUGAGUUCUUUGAGUUGCAACUCGCUAAAAAUCUAGGGAAAUUGUUUUAGCCUGAAAGUUCAGCCAGGCACUGUAUAAAUAUUGUUCAAGCACUUAUAGAUUUAAAUUCGUGAUUCAUUUGAGCCAUUAUAGAAUAUCUGGAUAAAUUCAAUAGACAAAUCCGGUAUUUAAAUGGCAAGUAAUUAUAAGGUGUUCAUUUUUUACUGAUAUUCAUAAACAUGCGAGUAGUUGAUGAACGCACUAUUAUUGUAAUAAUUGUACCAUAUUUCUUGAUUUAUUGCGCUCUCACUACUACAUUACUACACAGAUCAUUCCUCCCUUGACUUGAUAGGCGAUUUUUAUUCUGUCCACUUGACGCAAUUACAAUGCAUAUUGGCGCAUGUCUGCAAUACCAAUUUCUCGCGAAGAAUGCUCUUUCGAUCCGACACGCAUUUUGGACAAUACAUCAGAAUUGAUGAAACAUGCGGCAGGAUUUUAUUGUUCUAUUGCUUGUUCUAUUGAUUUAUCAUGAUAAUUGUUCUUAGUUUCUUGAACCGGUCACAAAAUGCUGUAAAUAAUCGAUUGGUAACUUAGAUGCUGAGUUAUGACGAGAAGUAACAAAGCGUUGAGAAAAGUAGAUGCUGCGGCCCUUCUAUGUAACCACCCAUUUUUUAAAAACACAUUUUAUCAUAAAAACGUUGAUAGAGAAAUGUAAUAAAAAGCGAACUAAAAAAAAUUGUGCAUGUUUCAUAUAUGGAACCGUGACGACUAAUCAAUGGAAUGUGUGAAAAUUAACACACAGAGUUAUUCAUAAAGAAGGAUGUAUCAUUGGUCAGCUAACUGUAGUGUCCUCAUUGUAAACAUUUUACUUCAAUAAAGGUACCAAUUCCACAAACACCACAA